AUGCAAAAUAAUUAAUAGGCAACUACAGAAGAAUAAUCAAAAAACUAAGAAGUUAAAUAAGAAACAAAACUGUGUCCCUUAUGCCAAACUUUCUUUGGAAGUGCCAAAACUAACUUUUAUUGUUCGAAAUGCUAUAAAACUAUUUCAUAAAAGGAUAAUGAGCAAUAACCCUAACUAUAACAACAAUAAUAAAUACCUGAAGAAAAAGCAUAAUAAAAUUAAUAAGCUAAUGUCCAGCAAGAUCCCUCAAAAUGCUAUGUAUGCAAGAGAAAACUAGGUAUAUCAGGCAUAUAAUGUAAAUGCAAAAUCGUCUUUUGCAACAAGCAUAGAUUGCCAGAAGAUCACAAUUGCACUUUUGAUCAUGCAGAACAAGCGAAACAAUAACUUAUCAAAAACAAUCCAUUAGUUGAUACAAAGAAGCUUGAAUAAUUAUGA